CACACCCCUCUCUGUGACUCUAUCUUUGGUCUCCGUGCGUUUUAAUGCGAUGGUGUCCCUGCGGGAUCAAAUUUCAGCGUCACAGCUGGGGACUGGCUUCGCGGUCCCUGAUGGGAGAGCAUGAGCAGGUGCGACCCUCUUCUGGCUGGCCUACCCCGGGACCCCGACUACUCUGUGCCCUGCUACUGCUCAUCUUCCCCACCCUCCAACUCGUGUUUGGUUGCUAACAGGAAGUGCGACAAGUGCUGGGGCGCUUCCUCAGACAAGACCGUGGACUAUACGAUUCACUGGUCCAGGACCCCAGAACCAGAGACUUUGGAAACAGCUGCUUCAGAAAACACAGUGACAAGUACAAACUGGAGGCCAGGGAGGGACUCGGGGCCUCAGUCGCAUUGGUCUCCCCCCUUCUCCAACCCAGACUCGCAGGAGCACUGUAAUGAGCAGGACCUUGUGAAGAGGCAUCAGAGCAUCACUAAGAAGCCGUUGGAGACCAGCUCUUCCAAAGUCAAAUAUAAGUCCAUCAUGAUGAUAUCUGACACCCAGAAGCUCCUGCGAUGUGAACUGGAGUCACUCAAGAGCCAGCUACAGGCCCAGACCAAGGCUUUUGAGUUCCUAAACCACUCAGUGACCAUGUUGGAGAAGGAGAGCAGCUUGCAGCAAAUCAAGAUCCAACAGCUUGAAGAGGUGCUGAAUCCCACAAGCCGCCAGACAGAGAAGGAGGGACACAAGGGGGGCAUGGAGCAGGGAAAGCAGGAGCUAUAUGGGGCCCUGGCUCAAGGCCUGCAGGGGCUGCAGAAGACCCUGCGUGACAGUGAGGAGGUGCAGCGAGCCCGUACUACCCGCUGCCUGCAGCUCCUGGCCCAGGAGAUCCGGGACAGCAAGAAGUUCCUGUGGGAGGAGCUGGAGCUGGUGCGGGAGGAGGUGACCUUCAUCUACCAGAAGCUCCAGGCCCAAGAGGAGGAGAUCACAGACAAUCUAGUGAACAUCCAGAAGAUGCAGAAGACCCAGGUCCUGACCAAGAUGAAACAGCAGGGGUGUGAGACAUCCAACCGGCCGGAGACAGAGGACACUCCACUAGGAGGCAAUGGCUCCUGGAAGAAUGACCUCCAGAAGGAGCUGAGUGACAUAUGGUGAUACCCAGCUCCCACUCUGAUCUCUGACCCCUGACCCUCGUCUCCUCUGCCCUGCACCCAAUCAGAUCAAGCAGCAACUACCAGAACCUGGAACCCAUCUGAGUCCAGGCCUCCAUCUCCAUCCGGGACUCCACUCCACCCUGACCCCCCAACAUCCCGCUGCCCCAGCCCCAAGCAGCCCAGAGUCACCCAGGGCUCCCAGCUCCCCAUCUCCCCACAGGUCCGCUGUGCAUGUGCUGCAGAACUCCUUUGAUGGCCUCACCUUGUCCUCGGGGAACCGCCCCAGGGCUGCAAGCCUCAGGGGUGAGGGAGUGGAGCCAUGCUCCAGGUUGUGGGGGUCAUUCUCCAGGUUGUGGGA